AUGAAAACUCCUUACACAACAAAUGAUCUAAAUCCCAAAGCUGUGAUGGACCGGAAAAGUGUUACAGAAAAUGAGUGGUUUUACAUGGUGGAAGGCAUUUUCAACACGAUUAACCACUCUAUGAUCGGAGUGGUCUGCAUCUACACCAGCUGGUUGUGUUGGAUGAAUGGAUUCGAAAAGCUCUACACCUGGCACGUGUUCCUCACAUUGAUCGGGUAUCAUCUGCUUAUGGCCGAAGGGAUUGUGUUGCUGUACAGUGGCAAUGGUUGGACGCAGAAGCUGUCCCACACGCACAAGCGCACCGUGCACUGGUUGAUCGAAGUGGUCGGUUGUAGUUGCUGUGUGGUAGGCAUUGCACUGGAAAUCUACUACCGGCAGUCCACCAAUCGGCGACACUUUUCAUCAACACACAGCAUCGUGGGGCUUAUUUCUUUGGUAUUUCUUGCCCUUACGCUAGUGAAUGGAUUGAUGGCGUUAUUUGCGGCAGAGCUUCGGAAGCGCAUACGUCCGAUUUACUCAAAGUUAGGGCACUAUCUUACCGGAACGGUGUGCUACGUGCUGGGCAUGGUGGCGAUCGUGCUAGCGUAUGAGAAAAAAAUCUAUCGUCAGAAUACGAUCACGGAGGGAAUAACGAUGAUGACAGUUUUUACGAUAGCGGUCAUAGUGCUCAGCAUGAUUGGGGUGGUUAAGGCAAUCUACAAUCAAUGUAAAACUCUAGUGAAGUAA